GACACGUGUGAACACACGGAAGCCUUCGUCCUCACCGGAUCACAUUUACUAGUCCUGUCACUGAGAUGCACUGAAGUGUUCACAGGCGCAAAUCCGACCACGGAACUAACUCCAGGCUUUAGAGGGAGGAAAUGCCGCGCAGGCUGGAAGCUGUACAGCCUUUCCUUUUAUUUACUUGAUGACAUAAGUAUGCGUACGAUUUUAAACAGUUUUAUUUGAACUUUUAACUUGUUUUUAAAUGAAGUCGUAGGCUAAGCCUGUCUGUCGCCAACACAUCGGAACGUGCUAAAAGUUCAGGAUUGACACAAACACGGCGAUUUGUAGCCCCCCCUUUUUUCUUAUUUUCCCCCCCAGAAGUUUGUUGUGGUUCAACUCACGCAGUAUUUAUUGAGCGUAAAAGUUUAUACUCCAUGAGUAUAUUUAGCACAUUGCUUUAAUAAUAUGAGCGAGAAAGUAGCGUUGCCGUUAGGAGACACCGCGCUGGACGCGGACCAGUCCGCGGCGGACUUGGAGAACCACGUCCACCUGGAGGAGGGAGACGCGGACCAGCGCGCCGACGACCCGAGUCAGCUGAACGGGCAUGAAGAAGCGCUGCGACCCACCCGCCUGUACAGACGGCGCUGGAUGAUCGUCCUCCUGUUCAGCGCGUAUUCACUGUGCAACUCCUUCCAAUGGAUACAGUACGGCAUCAUCAACAACAUUUUUAUGAAGUUCUACAGCGUGGACGCCUUCACCAUAGACUGGAUGUCCAUGAUCUACAUGCUGACGUACAUUCCCUUCAUUUUCCCGGUGACCUGGCUGCUGGACAAAAAGGGGCUCCGGGUCAUCGCGUUGGUGGCCACCGCGCUCAACUGUACCGGCACAUGGAUCAAAGUGGUCAGCGUCCAGCCCAACUUGUUCGCAGUCACCUUUCUGGGACAGUUCUGCUGCUCCUUGGCGCAAGUGUUCAUCCUCGGGAUGCCGUCGACGAUCGCGUCCAUGUGGUUCGGUUCAGAGGAAGUGUCCACCGCCUGCUCCAUCGGAGUCUUCGGGAAUCAGCUGGGUAUGGCCAUCGGGUUCCUUGUGCCUCCCAUCCUGGUGCCUAACGUGGAAGACAUGGACGAGCUGGCUCAGCACAUCCGCCUCAUGUUCUACAUCACAGCAGGAGCGGCCACCUUGCUCUUCCUCCUUGUUGUCUGUGUCUUCCAGGAGCGUCCUAAAAUCCCUCCGACUCAGGCCCAGGCCACAGCGCGCAGCAUCCCACCAGAGCAAUACUCCUACGUCUCCUCCAUUCUGAGGCUGCUCCGAAACAAGCCCUUCAUCCUCCUCAUCAUCACUUAUGUUUUCAACACUUUUUUUUCACCCGUUAUAUUUCUUCUUUUCUCUGCAGGCUUUAUUAAGUCUGACCUGCGGAGGCAAAAAGCAAACCGGAUGGCCAAAGCAGCCGCGGCGGGGCAGACGCCGGGACAAGACUACGGAGCCACGGCGCUAAUCUCCCAACCGGACACUCUUCCUCCAAAGCCUAAUCGAUAAACUUUUCUGAUUCCACAAAAAAAAAAAAAAUCAAAUCUUAGCUCGACACGCAAAUGCACAAAGGUAAAUCAUCAGCUCACUGUCGGUAAUCGCCAUAACUCACUGCACAGCCUUCCACCUGUUGAACCUGCCUUUGCUGUCUCUCACGCUGUUUCUCACGAGCAUGCUGAAAUUAAUUCACACUAAUGUAAAUAUGAAGAGAAAAAUGUCACUUCACCUGUUUCAGUUUGGGAUUUCAGAUUUUUUUAUUAUGUUUUUUUGGUAAAUAUAUAGGCCUGAAUAAACUUGCAUGUCGGUACACGGAGACUUGGAUUUAAAACUACAUAUUUAUGUAUGAAACUGUCUUAUUCUUUCAUGUGCGGUUUUGUAAUGCGAGGAGAUGUUUUGACGAAGCACAGGUUUAAAUGAAUGUCAGGCCUCAGUUUUAGGAUCCUGGUGUCGACGUGUUCCUGAGCGAGAUGCCGGGUAGAGAACAAACCUUAAGGAUUUGAAAGCUUAUGAAAAGGAAACCCGCUUAAGAAGUGCAGGACCAGCUGUGAGCCUCAGCCGGCCUUACAGAAGCAGCUUCAGCAAUAAGAAUUGAUCAUUUUGGUCCUAUAAUUUCUUUGUGAUGACUAAUACAAUGUCUGCACCUUGCAACAGUUGUAGAAAUGUGAAAAAUAUGUAAUUUUUUUUCGUGUACAGAAUGAGUGUAGCGAUGUGUAUGAAGCUAUAAGAUUGAGCACAAUGGAAGGGGAAGGAGUGGGUGUUACUGUUUUUGAAGAAGUGUCCGACUGUUUUGAUUGGUAGGGAACUUCCGACUGCCACAAUGAGAGCCCGGCUGCAGCAUCCAUCAUCAAAGAAGCAAAGUUUUAAAAACACACGCGGAAGCGUGCGCGCACACACACUCUCGAACGAAGCCUUGACAAGGGCCAUGCUCUCCCAUCCUGUUGCAGUGACGCAAUCAGGAAGUCUCCCUUCUGAGAAGAGUUCAAUUUACAAUGUUGUGUUUUCUAUUUAUAAAUACAAAUUUAAUCUGACUGCAAAUUCACUGUUCAUAAAUAUAUAUUUGAAUAUGUGUACAUUGAAUGCUCCUACUAUAUCUGAAACAUGUAUGGCAUUUUAUAAAUUGUAUGAAUAAAAAAACAACCAGUCAGUAUUUUAACUUUACAGUUGAUUGUCUUCUUUAUAUUUAUAUAAUAUAUUGUAUUCACACAGUAUCCACAUUUCUUUGUGGGGAUUUUGGAAGAAGAUCUUUGCUUUAAAAUACUUUAUACUGCAGCAUAUUAACGAGUUUAAUCCAUGGCAGUCCACAGUGAGGGACGAGAUUACUAUUAUAGUUGUGUAAUAUCUGUAUUCAUGCUUACGUGUUGAACAUGAAAUAAAACUAGUUUUAUAAAGUG